AUGCAAACGCCUCCAUAUCUUGUAGGGGUAACUGGAAUACAAAACCCUGUAAAUAGCACUCAAGUUGUUAGCAUAAACCUUACACCACAAACUAUAACAGAUUAUGGUAUCUCUAAUUUACAUGUAAAAAUAAAUAGAGACCUAAAUGAUUCUCAAUCUGAACUAAAACCCAUCCUUCCUUCUUUAGACACAUUCCAAUCAGCAUCAAGUCCAAUAAAAGAGAUUAAAAUUGAACAACGUCCUUCUGUUCAAAAAAUUGAAAGUGAACAAAAAAUUACACAAACAAAUGAAGGAGAAAAUAAACCAAAAAACGAGGUAGUAGAAGCUAUAAAAGAAGAAGAGUUUAGUUAUGAACAUAACGAGGAAAAUGAAACAAAUCCUGAACAAAAAGAAACUGAUGUAACUAAAAAAUUGAUAAAAAAAAUAACAAAAAGAAAAAAGAAAGUAACAAAGAAGGAUAAUCAAGAAUGUAAAGAACAGGACAAUAACCACAUAAUAAAUGAAGAACAAAACGAACGUAGUACAGAAGACAUAACCAAGACAAAGAAAAUAGCUAAAAAAAGAAUUGUAAAAGCAAAAACCAUUCAAAAAGAAGGAAAGGAAGAAGAGAAAGAGCAAAAUGAAAUGAAAGAUAAUACUGAAACGAAAACAAAUAAAGAAAAGAAAAAACCUAAGAAGGUAGUAAAGAAAGAAGAUAAAAAAGAAAUUCAAAAAAUGGAUGAACUUUGUGUAAGUAAACAAGAAGAAAAAAAAAUAAAUGAAAUAAAAACAGAAUUACACAGUGUUGAUGAUAAAGGAAUUGUUGAAAAAAUAGGUCAAGAAAAUAUAGAAAAAACGAAAGAAUUGUUAAAAGAAGAGAUUAAACAAUUAGAAGUAAAUGAAACAGCAAAACGAAUUAAAGAAACAACAGAAAAUGAAUCUCUAAAGAAAAAACGAAUUAAUCCACAAAUUGUAGAUCCAAAAGAAAUACAACAAAUUGAAGAAGAAAAUAUCAAAGAGGAAGAGAACGUCCCAAAAGAGAUUAAGCUAGUAGAGCCUAUGGAAGAAGAAAUUCAAGACUUAGACAUUGCACAAGGGCUUGACUCUAGAAUGUUUUCUAUUGAUAUAGAAAUAGGAAAAGAUAAACAAAUUCAUGUUGACAAAGAAUUUAAGAAAUGGUUAGAACAACAAAAUAUUAGUAUGUACGGAGAAGGAUGGGCAGCCAAGUUUAAGGAAGAAAAUGAUGAAGUAGAUGUAAAAGGUGUUGAAAAUGAAGAAGAAGAGGAAGAGGAUUCAGAAACUAUUGAUACUAAUAAAGAAGACAUCAUAGGUGAAGAAGAAGAUUUUGAAGAAACAAGAAAAAAAGCUGAGGAAAGAAAAGGACGAAGAGAAAAUCCAUACACUUCGGUCAUUGGUAAGUUACAACAAAAGCUUUUUGUUCAAAAGAAAUCAACAAGAGGAUAUGGUUAUGAUUUAGCCGACAAUUUUAUUGAUGAUGACUACGCCUAUUCAUUGCCUCGAUGUACAGUUCGUCCUGAAAUUCGUAUUGAAAAUGCUGAAAAGGUUCAACGGUUAACAGCUAAGAGGCAAGCACUUAAAUUAAAGAAGGUUGAAGAAAAAGAAGAGAAAACCAAUGAAGAACAAGAAAAAGAGACACUAAACGAUGAGAAUAGAAGCGAAGACAAAGAAGAAACAACUGGUUCUCAAGAAAAAAAAAAGAAAGGACAAAAAACCACUCUAUAA